UCCCGGACGCCCCUCAGGACGGAAUUAUACAAUGAUUUUCACACUAAAAAAUCACAUUUCCCGCAUUUUCACAGUGAAAAAGUGUUCAUCAGCCCUCCUUAGUGCACUACAAUGUGCCCCUCAAGCGUGUCAUUGUCCACCAACCCGGAAUUUCUCCUUUGACCCAGUGAACAUCUUCGAUCGUGAGGCGAAGAAGUUGCAGCGCGAGAGGGCUGCCCUUAGGGAGGAUGUUGAUCUAUAUGACUACAUAAAGGAUGAGGUCGGCUUCCGGCUGGCUGACAGAGUGUUUGACGUGAAGAAGCAGUUUAAGGUGGGCGUGGAUUUGGGCACAAACCGCGGUUUCGUGUCGCGACACAUCCUCGCGGACACUGUGGAGCAUCUCAUCAUGUGCGAGAUGAGCCCCACGAUGCUCAGCCAGGCGACAUCCACGCCCGGCGUGCGCGUGACCAAGACUGAGGUGGACGAGGAGGUGUUCAGCGAGAGCAUUGAGGACGAUUCGGUGGAUUUGGUCAUCUCGAACUUGAGUCUGCACUGGAUCAACGACCUUCCCGGAUGCUUCGUGAGGAUCAUGAAGUGCCUGCGGCCGGACGGAGUCUUCAUGGCGAGUCUCUUCGGCGGAGAGACGCUCUAUGAGCUGCGCUCGGCACUGCAAUUGGCAGAGUCUGAGCGGAAAGGCGGCAUUUCACCCCACAUUUCCCCAUUUGCACACAUCCGAGACAUAGGCGGGCUUCUGAAUCGCGCCGGCUUCACGAUGCUGACCAUCGAUACAGACGAGAUCGUCGUGGGCUUCCCGAGCAUGUUCGCGCUGCUGUGGGAUCUCAAGGGCAUGGCAGAGAACAACGCAGCCUUCAACAGGCCUCUCCAUCUGCCCAGAGACACCCUGAUCGCCGCGUCCGCCAUCUACGAGGACAUGUACAAGAAGGCGGACGGCGGCAUUCCUGCCACGUUUCAAGUCAUCUACCUCGUAGCCUGGAAGCCCUCGCCGGAUCAGCCCAGAGCGUUGCCGCGCGGCUCUGGCCAGGUGUCGCUCAAGGAUCUGGACAAGGUCGUCGAGGGGAAAAUAAAGAAGGAAGAGAAGUAGAGCUUGUCG